AAUAGUGAGAAACUCGGUAGGGAACUCAGGAGUCCUCUGGGAGAGAAGCCACCUUCAAGGCGUGACCCAGUUCACUGCAACGCCUUGUUAUCUGGUACCCCGCUCCUCCCGGACUCGCCCCUUCUGGACUGUAAGAAGGCGAUGCAAAGAGAGAGAUCUGGCCGCCUCCGGGAAUGACAGGGCCGCUCUCACAGCCCAGGGAGGCGGAGAGGGCGAGCCCCACAGUCAGUCGCCAGACACCCUCCUGGGCAACACCGAUAAGGAGUUGAACACAGGAGUCGCCGUUACCCCUAGCACCGCCGGGACGGCACCGGUGGCCGCCUGUCAGCGGGAGUCCCGGAACCUGGCUAUGGAACCAGCAGGUUGCCCUGGGGGACUGCUCCCACGGCCUUGCAGGGUGCUGGUGCUGCUGAACCCCCAGAGCGGCAGGGGCAAGGCUUUGCAGCUCUUCCAGACACUCGUGCAGCCCCUCCUGAAGGAGGCAGAGGUAUCCUUCGAACUGAUGCUCACUGCACGGCAGAACCAUGCCAGGGAGCUGGUGUGUGCGGAGGAACUGGGUCAUUGGGAUGCCCUGGUGGUCAUGUCCGGUGAUGGUCUGAUGCAUGAGGUGGUGAACGGGCUUAUGGAACGGCCUGACUGGGAGACUGCCAUCCAGAAGCCCCUGUGCAGCCUCCCCGGAGGCUCUGGCAAUGCACUGGCAGCUUCCUUGAACUACUAUGCUGGGUACGAGCAGGUGACGAAUGAAGACCUCCUGACCAACUGCACACAGCUCUUAUGCCGCAGGCACCUGUCACCCAUGAAUCUGCUCUCACUCCACACUGCUUCUGGGCUGCAGCUCUAUUCUGUGCUCAGCCUGGCCUGGGGCUUCGUGGCCGAUGUGGACCUCGAGAGUGAGAAGUACAGGCGCUUGGGGGAGAUUCGUUUCACGGUGGGAACCAUCUUUCGCCUAGCAACCCUGCGAACCUACCAGGGUCAACUGGCCUACCUUCCCGUAGGACAGGCCGCCUCUGCGGUACCUGCUUCUCCUGCACUGGCGCAGAAGGGCCCCGUGGACACACACCUCGUUCCCCUGGAGGAGCCAGUGCCUUCUCACUGGACUGUGGUGCCAGAGCAGGAUUUCGUUCUGGUGCUGGUACUGCUACACACCCACCUGAGCAGGGAGCUGUUUGCGGCACCCAUGGGCCGCUGUGAGGCUGGCGUUAUGCAUCUGUUCUAUGUGCGUGCAGGGGUGUCAAGGGCCAUGCUGCUGCGCCUCUUCCUGGCCAUGCAGAAGGGCAAGCAUAUGGAGUACCAAUGCCCAUACUUGGUGCACGUGCCCGUGGUUGCUUUCCGCCUGGAGCCCAAGAACCAGAGGGGCGUGUUUUCUGUGGAUGGAGAGCUGAUGGCAUGUGAAGCCGUGCAGGGCCAAGUGCACCCAAACUCUUUUUGGAUGGUUUGCGGCAGCCGAGAUGCCCUAUCCGGCUGGGAGCCCUAGCAGAGGCCACCUCCAGAAGAACCGUUAGGAUUCCCUGGCUCUCUGUGCCUUUGUCUAUGUCUACACUGACAUGGGACCUUCCCUGCAUCCACCCCCUGGUAAGGGAGUGUAUCUCAAGCUCAUAUGGAGGUGGUGGGGACCAAGUGGAGGAAGCAGGAAGAUGGGGCUGUUUUGGAAAGGGUCUGCCCUCUAAAUGCUAGAAUGAAACAGGAGGCAGGAGCCCGCUGGCUGGGCAGUUGCAUAUAGAAGGCACUCCCCGUUGCUCUUGGAGCCCUUCCCUGAGAAUCAAAUCCAAAUAAAGUGACUUUUCCAACCUGUU